AGUAUGCCAGCCCAAAAUGCGUUGAUUUGUUCAACAACAAAGCAGAAUACAUAAAUAAAGCUACACAUCACAAGUUGGGGUGGGGCCACUAUCAUCACCUCCACUACCAAUUCCUCCAAUUACUUUCAGUUGACACUGAAAAACGUGAUUUUCGUCAAGCAGAUAUUAGAAUUUAGACAAAAAAAUUGUUCUAAGUUCUAACCCUAGAAUUUUUUUUGAUGCCAAAUCUCCGCUUCUCUUUUGCAUUUCCCUCUAUACUUUCCCUCCUCCCGCACUCAAACUGCACUUUCCCUUUUUUCACCGAUAAAUCUCCUCUCCCAAUCCAUCAUCUUUAUUUUCCCAAAUGAAAUGGGAAAUGGAGGUAGACGAGAUUGAAGCCGUGCUCGAGAAAAUAUGGGAUUUGCACGACAAGCUCAGCGACGCCAUCCACUCCAUCUCUCGAGCUCAUUUCCUCAAUUCUAUCAAGAACCCGGCCCGGAGACCCGAUGACUUUUCUUUCAACCGUAAGAAGAAAUCGGCCGACGACGAUCCGGAUAACAAAACCGGGUCGGGCUUUGUCUUCGUUAAGGAGUUCCGGGUCGACGACGACGACGUGGCGGUUCUGGAGGCGAAGAGCUUGUACUCUAUUCGGACAGCUCUCGAGAAUCUCGAAGACCAGCUUGAGUUCUUCCAUACUGUACAAUCUCAACAGAAGGCAGAGAGAGAUGCUGCAAUAGCUCGUCUUGAACAAAGUCGUAUCAUCCUUGCUAUGAGACUGGCGGGUCAUCAAGGUAAGAAAUACAAAGUCAUUGAAGAAGCACAAGCUUUGGUAGGUGAUGUGCGUGAUGCUAGUCCUUUUGUUGCAUCUGAACAUUUAUAUGGCUCAACACCAUACCCUUCCAAUGAAAAGUUUGUGCCAGAGAAAGGGAAAAGGUCAAAUGCAGUUGUCAAUUUCCUACUUUCGAGCUAUGCUUUUGUUUCAAAGUCCCUCAAAUUGGAGCACACGGUUGGGAUAGUGGGGAAUGCUGCUUUGCUUGCUAUAAGCAUGCUUGCCUUUUUGCAUCUAAAUCAAAUUGGUCACAAGAUGCAAGAUCCCCCCGCUUUUGGGAGAGAGGGCAGAAAGUUUCCUCACUCCCGUGGUACACCAUCUGAUGAAAGUUUGACACGGUUGGACGUCACAUUGGCUAGGGGUUAAAUUGUUGGACGUUACUCGGGUGAUUUUAUGUUCUUGAGCAGCCUUUGAUUUUCUGAAAAUAAUGAAUUGUUUGCUGUUCUGAUGAUGAAGAGGCAUAAUGUGCAUCUCCUCACCUUUUGGUAGAUAGGUAUUAUGUGUGAUUUCUGUUAGCUUUAGGUCAGUGCUAUGCCUUUUUGGUGCUUUCACCUUUAUAUUCUCACUUCUUGUGAUGAAAGGGGGAUUCUUAAUUUUCAACUCUUAGAGACACUUAAAAUAUUUGAUUGUGUAUAGUAUAGAUUUCAGGGCUAUAUUAUAUAAAGAGAGUAAUAUUGCCGCCA